GUUGGGACAGAGGCGGAGGUGUCGUAACAGAGGUGGAAGUGGGUGUUGGAGGAAGCAGCGGAGUUUGUUUUUCUGUUUUUCAUUUUGGUUUUUUUUUUUUGUUUGUUUUUUUCUCGGGUUCGGUUCCGCUGCGGGACACAGAUGUACUAUUAUCGAUAUGAGAACGCGGAGGUCAGCUGCUGUUACAAAUACCUCAUGUUCAGCUACAACAUUGUCUUCUGGUUACUGGGAGCAGCUCUCAUCGCAGCAGGACUCUGGGCCUGGAGUGAGAAGGGCGUGCUUCAGGACCUGAGUGUUUUGACCCGGAUCCAUGGUUUUGACCCGGUGUGGGCGCUGCUCGUGGCUGGAGUCGUCAUGUUCGUCCUGGGCUUCGCCGGUUGUGUGGGAGCGCUCCGAGAGAACCUGUGUCUGCUCAAAGCUUUCUCGUCUAUGGUGGGUCUGAUCUUCUUUCUUGAAGUCCUGGCCGUGGUCCUGGUUCUGGUUUUCCAGAGUCAGGUGUUUGAGUGGAUCCAGACGUUCUUCAUGAGGAACAUUCGAGCCUACAGAGAUGACAUCGACCUGCAGAAUCUCAUCGACUCCCUUCAGACAUCGACAUGGUGCUGUGGGGCCCAGGGGCCGGAGGACUGGGAGCACAAUCCUUAUUUUUCCUGUAACUCCACAAAUGCCUCUAGAGAGCGCUGUGGAGUCCCCUUUUCCUGCUGUGUGCUGGACCCCGCAGAGUCUGUGGUCAACUCUCAGUGUGGAUACGACGUGCGUAAAAGGGCAAAGCCUGAUUGGUCGGAGCAGAUCCACACUAGAGGCUGUAUCUCAGCGCUGGAGCAGUGGGUCCCUGGAAACCUCUACACUGUGGCUCUGGUGUUUGUCAUCGUGUCAGUACUGCAGAUGCUGGGGAUAUAUUUGGCCCGAAGUUUAAUCACCGACAUUUACAAAGUUCAGAUCAACCACAUCCGAAACCCGGUCUACUGAGGACUGGGCCGGCACUGGGCUGGGACUGGACCAGAACUGGACCAACAUUACAAAGACUGCAGUGGACCAAACUAACUACUGAAAAUCACAGAGGAUUAACUGUGCCUUCUCCUUCUCCAGACUCCUCCAACAGGAACAAACCAGGUCAAGACCCGGGUCUAGACCAGGAACAAACCAGGUCAAGACCCAGGUCUAGACCAGGAAUAAACUGGGUCAAGAUCAGGAUCUAGACCAGGAACAAACCAGGUCUAGAUCUGGUCUAGAUCUAGUCUAGACCCGGGACAGAUCCAAGGCAGUCCAGGAGUUGAUCCAGGAUCAGACCUGGUUUGGGCCUGGUCUGCUUUUGUAAUAAUGUUUUAUUUUUGUAAACUGUUUGUUGAAUGUGCUUUUUACUGAAUAAAAAUGUAAAUUGCUGCGUCUGGA